AUGGCGAUGCAAAAGACAUUCAAGGGUUACGCAGUCUGUGACGCCAAGAAGUGGAGCGACUUCAGCGUUGUGGACUUCCCUGCCAAGAAGUGGGAGGAGACAGAUGUUGAGAUAGCCAUCACUCACUGCGGAGUGUGCGGAUCGGACGUGCACACGCUUACAAGUGGUUGGGGUGCACUUGAGACCCCCAUAAUUGUUGGACACGAGAUUGCAGGUACAGCAGUCCGCGUUGGGUCGAAAGUACAGGAUAUCAAAGUCGGAGAUCGUGUAGGAGUCGGUGCACAGGUCGCAUCUUGCUACCACUGCAAGUAUUGCAAAAGCGACAACGAGCAGUACUGUCCCGCAGGAGUAGACACAUACAAUUCGAAGCAUCCAGACGGCGUACGUACUCAAGGCGGCUAUUCUACUGGGAUUAUCGCGCAUGAACAGUUUGUCUUCCCACUUCCACCUGGAGUGAGCAAUGCCGAGGGUUGCUCGAUGCUGUGUGGUGGGUUGACAGUGUUUUCUCCGCUCGUGCGCAACGGCGCAGGACCAGGAAAACGCGUUGGAAUCAUUGGAAUUGGCGGCCUUGGACAUUAUGCUGUGAUGUUUGCAAAAGCACUCGGCGCAAGAGUGUACGCCUUUACGCACCAACGUGACAAGGAAAAGGACAUCAAGAAAAUGGGAGCAGAUCACGUAGUUUUCACGAACCCAGGCUUCCAGGAAAAGUGCAAGAUGAGCCUCGAUUUGAUUGUCUCAACGCGUGACGAAGCGUCGGAUUACCCACUAACCGAGUAUCUCUCGAUGCUGGACAUGCAUGGCAAAUUCAUCAGCGUUGGCCUGCCAGACGCUCCACUUCCCGCAACAGGGGCCUUUGCGUUUGCGGGGAACGGAUGCUUCUUCGGCGGCUCACACAUUGGGUCGAAGAAAGAGGCACUGGCGAUGCUUUCACUGGCGGAUAAGAAGGGGAUCAAGCCAUGGAUAGAAGAGUUUUCAAUGAAGGAUGUGAAGAAGGCAGUCGAGGGUGUUCACAAGAAUAACGUGCGCUAUCGGUAUGUACUGAAGCAGGAUAUCGCCUAG